AUGGCUAAUGGAAACUUGGCAAAUCUCUCAGGCAGUGGGGAUUUGAAGCUUUUUAUUCUCUCAUUUCUUGGCGUGGUAACUAUGACAGUUCUUGUUCAUGCACAAAAUCAAACAGGUUUUAUUAGCAUAGACUGUGGAAUUCCGGAAAAUUCACAAUAUGCUGACCAGAAAAUAGGCAUAAAUUGCGAUUCGGAUGCAACUAUGAUAGGCACUGGUGAAAGCUACAGCAUAUCGCCUGAAUACAAAACUGACACCCUGGAACGACAAUUAUUGAAUGUUAGAAGCUUCCCUGAAGGAUCAAGAAAUUGUUACACCCUAAAACCUGUAGGUCAUGACCAUGCUAACUUUUUUAUCAAAGCGAGAUUCAUGUAUGGAAAUUAUGAUGGGAAUAAUACCCUGCCAAGUUUUAAUCUGUUUCUGGAGUCGGAUGUAUGGGAUUCAGUGAAUUUCAAAGACACCGCCACUCCCGUCACCAAGGAGAUCAUCCAUAUGCCCCAGAACAAUUAUAUACAUGUCUGUCUUAAAAACACAGACACUGGAACGCCUUUCAUAUCAGCAUCAGAGGUGAGGCCUUUGAUAAAUUCCAAUUAUGGAUCAUCACCUUACAUAAUAGAAUCAUUUCAAAUAUCAGGAUCACUAGAUGAUGUUUGCGAUUGCAUAUGGUUCCCAUACAACUUCAGUGACAGUGUCUCGAUAAGCACCUCGAAUACUGAUCUCCUCAAUGAUGAUAGUAGUGGUUACCAAAUACCAAUUUUGGUCAUGAGUACUACUAUCACACCGGUAAAUGCAAGUAAAUCAUUGCAAUUUUCUUGGGAGGCUAAUGACACCAGAUUGUAUUAUAUCUUCGUGCACAUUGCUGAAGUUCAAGAAUUAAAAGAAAACCAGACUAGAGCAUUUAAUAUCUCUACUAAUGGAGAUGUUUGGCUUCCGGGCUAUUUUCCCUCUUCCACAGACUCAACUUACAACUUAUCUCCCUACAGUUGAACAAGAAUUAAGAUUUCACUGGAAAAAACUGCGAAGUCAACUCUUCCACCAAUCUUAAAUGCCAUGGAGAUAUGCUGGCUAAAAAAUUUCUCAGAAUUGAUGACAAAUGAACAAGAUGUUGACGCCAUCAUAAAUAUCAAGGGAAAGUAUGGAGUGAAAAGACCAAGUUGGCAAGGAGAUCCAUGUGUCCCUCAACUAUAUUUGUGGCAAGGUCUUAAUUGCCGUUAUGAUUCUGGACUCCCAAUGAUCACAUCCCUGAAUUUGUCAUCGAGUGGAUUGUCUAGCGAGAUAAGUCCUUUUAUACUCGAUCUCACCUCCUUAGAGUCUUUGGACUUGUCAAACAAUAAUCUGACAGGAUUAGUGCCGGAGUUUUUAGCACAGCUACAAAACUUGAAAUUGCUAAACUUGAAAGGAAACAAUCUCGAAGGCCCUGUUCCAGCUGCACUCCAAGAAAAAGCAGAGAAGGGUUUACUGAUAUUAAGAGUGAAUGGAAAUUCAAAUUCUUGUUCCCCUGGUUCAUGCAAAGAGAAAAACAAGUCUAAUAUUGUUCCCAUGGUAGCACCAGUUGUUGCUAUUGCUGUGAUUUUAUCUACAACAUUGGUAAUUUUAUUGAUCCAAAGAAUGAAAAAAGGAACCGCAGGGAAGAAGGGGUCAUUGGAAUUGAAAAAUCGAAGGUUCUCAUACUCUAAUGUGGUGAGAAUGACUAAUAACUUUGAGACGGUUCUAGGGAAAGGAGGAUUCGGAACAGUUUACCACGGUUACUUAGACGACAAUCAAGUAGCCGUUAAGAUGCUUUCUCUAUCAUCAGCUCAAGGAUACAAGGAAUUUCAAGCCGAGGUUGAACUUCUAAUGAGAGUUCAUCAUAAAAACUUGACAGCCCUUGUUGGCUAUUGUGACGAGGGCACCAACAUGGGACUGAUCUAUGAGCUCAUGGCCAAUGGAGAAUUAGAAACCAAUCUCACAGAAAACCAAGCAUACAUGUUGACAUGGGAAGGGAGACUUCGAAUAGCAACAGAGGCAGCACAAGGAUUGGAGUAUCUCCACAAUGGUUGUAAGCCACCAAUUGUCCACAGAGACAUUAAAUCCACGAACAUCUUAUUGAAUGAAAAUUUCCAAGCCAAAUUAGCUGAUUUUGGCCUUUCCAGAAGUUUUCCUGUUGAAGGUGGAACUCAUGUGUCAACAAACGUUGCUGGAACCCCUGGAUACCUUGAUCCUGAAUACUAUGUAUCACAUAGGCUAACUGAAAAAAGUGAUGUAUAUAGCUUUGGAAUGCUUUUGUUAGAGAUAAUAACAGGUAAACCUAUGAUUGAGAAAAGCAUCGAGAGGACUCAUAUAAGUCGAUGGGUAGAAUCCAUAAUUUCAAAGGCGGAUAUUAGGAACAUUGUUGAUCCAAGAUUACCUAGAGACUUCGAUAUAAACUCUGCCUGGAAAGCUGUAGAAUUAGCAAUGGCUUGUGCUUCUUUAAUUGCUAGCAAAAGGCCAACCAUGACUAAGGUAGUGACAGAACUGAAUGAGUGUUUGGCAAUUGAGAGAGCUUCCGGACAUGUCGGCGAUGAAGCUGAAUCAACACUUUCUAUAAACAUGGANGCCGUUAAGAUGCUUUCUCUAUCAUCAGCUCAAGGAUACAAGGAAUUUCAAGCCGAGGUUGAACUUCUAAUGAGAGUUCAUCAUAAAAACUUGACAGCCCUUGUUGGCUAUUGUGACGAGGGCACCAACAUGGGACUGAUCUAUGAGCUCAUGGCCAAUGGAGAAUUAGAAACCAAUCUCACAGAAAACCAAGCAUACAUGUUGACAUGGGAAGGGAGACUUCGAAUAGCAACAGAGGCAGCACAAGGAUUGGAGUAUCUCCACAAUGGUUGUAAGCCACCAAUUGUCCACAGAGACAUUAAAUCCACGAACAUCUUAUUGAAUGAAAAUUUCCAAGCCAAAUUAGCUGAUUUUGGCCUUUCCAGAAGUUUUCCUGUUGAAGGUGGAACUCAUGUGUCAACAAACGUUGCUGGAACCCCUGGAUACCUUGAUCCUGAAUACUAUGUAUCACAUAGGCUAACUGAAAAAAGUGAUGUAUAUAGCUUUGGAAUGCUUUUGUUAGAGAUAAUAACAGGUAAACCUAUGAUUGAGAAAAGCAUCGAGAGGACUCAUAUAAGUCGAUGGGUAGAAUCCAUAAUUUCAAAGGCGGAUAUUAGGAACAUUGUUGAUCCAAGAUUACCUAGAGACUUCGAUAUAAACUCUGCCUGGAAAGCUGUAGAAUUAGCAAUGGCUUGUGCUUCUUUAAUUGCUAGCAAAAGGCCAACCAUGACUAAGGUAGUGACAGAACUGAAUGAGUGUUUGGCAAUUGAGAGAGCGUCUGGAAAAGUGGGCGAUGAAGCUGAAUCAACACUUUCUAUAAACAUGGUCAACUUGGAUAGUCACACUGAAUUAUCUACCCUCGCAAGAUAA